AUGGUUUCCCCCGGACAAAAUGACUUAUCGACUGAUAAAGGUUUGAUCGAUCCUUUUGUCAAAAAACAGAAUGCCAAGCUAGUACAGGUAAUUCAGAACUUCUUUAGCAAGUCGGUUCAGAUAGUUCUACAGUCGAGGAUACAAUCAGAAGGCCAUAAUAACGAAGAUCGGUUGAAGGUAGGAGGCGGUGCUGUGAAUCAUAAUACAAGCUCAAAAAUCAACAAAUGGUUUAAUUUGCAUAUGUAUAAUGAUAAUUUGCCGAAAGAGGAGCUUAAGUUAUGGAAAAAUGUCAAUGAUGUAUCCCAGAUGCCGCCCAUGAUUAUUGAAGUAUACUUGGAUUUAAGACAAUUGACUUCUAGGCAAACCGUGGUAUUGCGGGACGAUAACGGUAAUCCAUGGACAGUGGCGAAGGGUGGAUCGAAAAAGCACGAAGUCGUUCUAGAAAGAUGGCUUAUUGAGUUUGAUGCUAAUAUUGUUUCCGGUACUAUAGUAGAUGAAUUGCCAUUGAUUUACAAACAGGCAAUUAUAUUGUUUCGAAGUCUUUAUGGCUACACGAGGCUCAUGCCGGCAUUUAAAUUAAAGAAAAGUUUGAAUAAAUCAAAUUUAAAUAUAGGAUGUAAAAUUCUUGAUGGUAAACAGCCUAUUAGCUCGAAAGGUAGGAUUGGUCUUUCGAAGUCAAUUAUCCCCCACCAGAUGUUGACUACCGAAUCACACAUGAGUCACAAGCAUUUCUUGCCUAUACAGACCACUUUGGGUACACUCAAGAUUUCUAUUGCAUAUAGGAAUCAUCAUGAAUUUUCACUUCAUGAUAAUGAAGAGUUAUUAUCUACUCAUUUCAUCAAUAUUGAUGAUAAUAAGGAUGCAGACAUAAUCCUAACUGAAACCGAAUCUAAGGAAGAGUUAAGUAUUGAAAGAGAAUCAACUAAUGAAGAUUUAAAUAAACUAGAAGAUGAUGAUGCUGAGAGUAGCCGUGAACAUCUCCAAUCUGAGGAGCCAGACCAAUCAUUAGAGCAGGAUGCCAAACAUAUAAGCGGCUCUCAUAAGAAAUUCUCUAUAUCAAAUAAUGCGUCUAUGUCUCUUUCGCCUUGUUCAUCUGGUCCUCAAACUGUAAAGGAAGAUUCAUCUUAUAAAAAGCCAUCGACGAAUACACCUCCGAUCGUAUCACAGCGGCCAACUAUAAAUCCAUUCAAAGUUGGGUCUAUCAGUAGUUCUCCUCCGGCGACGACAAAUUUCGGAGGAUCCUCUUUAGAGAGAAAAGUGUCGAUCACGAGUAAUAAAUCAGCAUCAAAUGCAUCAUUGGCCGCUAUGUUACGAAAUCCAAGGAGCAGUACUUCUUCAACCAACACGACUGCCAACAUUCCCAUUGCAAAUAAUAAUUCGAAUAAUCAAUACAAUUCGGCAUUUCCUCGUUCUGUUUCCUCUUCACAUGGGUCUAACUUGGCCCAUGAUAAUGAUAACAUUAUUGGGUUUUCAAAUCCAGAUAAUACUUCAAAUACACCACGAUUCUCAUCAUCAUUUGGUUCCAGGGCUAGCAGAAGGUUUUCUAACACAAGUGGUCGCCAGAGUAGCUUACCAUCUAGUAACUUGAAUGAUACAUCGCUCUUGGCUACAAGUGCUGGACUGGCUUCAUCUGAUGCUCCAAUGAGUGGACUCUACAUAGAUGAUGACAUAGGUGAUUUUGUACGGAUGAUUGAUAGCAAAUCUGACCUAAGAUUUUCAAGUUAUAAUUCAAACAAUGAUUCUAAGAUUUUGUAUAAUCAAGGUUCAAACAGUCAGAUAGAUGCCUUGAAUAAAUUCCAAAUGUUGAAGAAUCAGCAUCAGCAAUUAAGUGAUAGUGUUAGUGCCAGCUUAAUCUUGCAUCAUAACCAACUCAGUGGAAGCAGACCAUCAAGCAGAAAAUCUUCACAUUCUAUUCACUCGCCACCCCCUUCGUUACCAUCAGGUUCUUAUGAUAAUUCACAUUUACCAUCCAUUAAUUCCAAAUUAAGAGAAAACAGUAGCACCAGUGGAUAUGAAGAUGAUAAUGGUAGAGAUUCUGGUGCCCCCUCUUCAAGAAAAGAUAGCUUUGAUUAUACAACUAAUAGCAACACGACAUUCUUGAAAAAUCCAAUUGUUAAUAAGUUGGUAUCAUCCCCAGUAACCUCAACAAUGCCUAUUCAUUCGUCUUUACAUAAAACUAAUAACGAGCCAGGUGUUAUCUCAGGCUUGGCUACUACGCCUUCUAUCUAUAACGAUCGCCGUCAAAUUCAUUAUGAGAGUGUAUUUGAUGAUGAUGAUGAUGAUGACUAUGCGACUAAUGGCAGAGACAACCGCAAUCAAGACGAUAGUCUAAAAUUAUAUCUCACCAAUAAGCUUGCAAACGCAUCUAAAUCCAGCACCAACUCAAGAAGUCUUAAAUCUUCUUCUAAUCCUCCGAAUAUUGGUGAUGACGAUGAUGAUGAUUUAUUAUUUACUAUGAGUGACAUGAAUCUUGCUAAACAUUGA